AUGCCGAGAAAGUCCCGUCAGUCGGAACCUUUAUCCGGAGAAGCAGGCAAUGAUGGUGAUCAGAAUACCUUCACUGUGAGAAUUAAAUCGGAUACGAAAAUAUCAACUAAAAAAAUGAAGUGCCACGAUCUCAAACGACUGAUCACGCGAAUGCGUCACACAUACAAUCAAAACAUGCAAAUUGCUGCACAAAAUGGUGAUGUAGUUGCAAAAGAAGCGUAUGAGCAAAAAGUCAAGCUAUUGCAUGAUACAUUCGCAAAGCUUAAUGCUGCGCCAGUGAAGACCACUGAACCAAUCGAAUUACCACCCAUGCCCAGACCAUACGUUCAAGCACCACCACAUCCAACCGACUAUCAUGUUCUCUUCGCAAUUCCAGCACCACAAAUGCCGUUUGUCCCUCGUUAUCCGUUAAUGGCUCCUGUGCCAUUUGCUCCCGAAUAUCCUCUUUGGGCAUUUCCACCACCACAGAUACGAUUGGUCACCAACAAUCGUUAUGAGAAGAAAAUACCGGAAUCUGAACGGAAAACUAUCAAAAAGCCAACGAAUCUGGUAAACACUGGACGUGAAUUGACUACAAAUGGUGAUGUUAAGAGAAUGAAUCGUACGGAAGCUAGCAAGAUGAGAAGCACUAAAGAGGAGGUCGUCGUAAAAGCGCAAUCUCCAUUGGAAACAAUUCAAGAAAGUGACAAGAGCGUCAAACUUUCAAGUGGCAAAAAAGAGGCAAAACAAACCGAAAAUCAUUCGGAAAAAGCGAAGAAUACCGAAACCAAAAUUGUAAUAAACGAUACAAAAACGUUGCAAACUGAUCGUGAGAUAAAACUUGAGGAAAGAGAUGUCGAAAAAGUGGAGCAGAAAAUUUGCAUCCCAAAGAGUGUUGAUGAAGAGGUAAAAAGUGAACCGAAACGAAGCUGCCAACAGCAGGAUUCUACCGAAAAAAUCGAGAUGAAUGGUGAACGUUGUGAUGAGUUAAAGGGUGAAAGCGCUCGUUCAGGGGCAGAGCGAUCUCCACCACUGAUAUCUGCUGAUCCCAAACCGAGACUUCUAACCAACGUGGACGAUCUCUUGAAAAGAGAGGAAUUAGAAUGGAGUCAGCAAAUUGUCGAAGUUAUUUUUAGAUUAUAUCAGUUUUCUUUUAGUAUUCACGAUGAACAAACAAUUGGUGAAAUUAUUAUUCAUAUGCCAAUAAUGUUGCGUGAUCCAUAA